AUGCAGUUGAGGACCCUCAUUGGAACUAUCGCGCUUCUAGCGCAAGAGGUCUCUGCCCAGGCAGAGGCCGCGAUGCUGCGCUUUUCAUGCUCAAAGCUCACCAUCGAGCGUCUGGACCCCUUAGUCUCCCCCGGAGAAAUCCAGUCGCCACAUACUCACCAGGUUGGAGGCGGCAACUCGUUCAACGCCUCGAUGCCUCCUGAUUCCUACGACCCAGUCAAGGAGUCAACCUGCACAAGCUGCACAUUUUCUGAGGACUUCUCCAACUAUUGGACUGCCAACCUGUACUUUAAGGCGCGAAAUGGGACUUUCAAGCGUGUUCCCCAGCUCGCAAACCAGGGUCUCAAGGCGGAUGGAGGGUUGACUGUUUACUACAUCCCGCCAUAUGACGGCAAGUCCAACGUGACGGCAUUCAAACCUGGUUUCCGCAUGCUCGUCGGCGAUCCCAUGUUGAGAAAGUCCGAAGGCCAGCAACGCCAACUAUGCCAUCGUUGCUACAGCACCGUCUCGCAGAUUCCAUUCGGCGGGCCUCCCUGCACGGGAGACGACACCGCCGCGCUGCCCGAAAGCAUGUGCCAGGGCGGAAUCCGCACCACAAUCACGUUCCCUACGUGCUGGGAUGGCGUGAACGUCGAUAGCCCAGAUCACAAGUCCCACGUUGCGUAUCCCAGCACCGGCAUGUUCGAGACCACUAGUCCGUGUCCGGAGAGCCACCCCGUGGCGCUUCCCCAGGUUAUGUACGAGGUUGUAUGGGAUACUAGACAAUUUAACAACAAGGAUCUCUGGCCGACGGAUGGCUCUCAGCCGUUCGUGUACAGCAUGGGUGAUCAGACUGGAUACGGACAGCACGGUGACUACCUCUUCGGUUGGAAGGACGAUGCGCUUCAGAGGGCCCUGGAUGCUCGAUGCUCCAAUGACAAGUGCAGUGAACUCAAGUCCCAGACGGCUGAGGAAGCCAUGAAAUGCGUCAACAAACAGCUAAUCCCCGAGGACACUGACGGAUGGAUGGCUACGCUUCCGGGUAACAGGACUAUUACUUGGUGA